CAUACAACAGGCAAGUGGAGGGUGCAGAUGACAUCGACGCAGAGUUCACGCACCAACUCAGUGCCCACAGUGGCAGUCCAACAAUCGACAAAACGGACAGGGCAGGUGUCCAAAAAAACCACGGAACAGGACAGGAGGGACAUGCAACAGGUGCUACUAGAGGGCCGUGGCCUGGGUCACUCAUUUGUUGUGGUCAAUGGAAGGAUCAUCGGCCCUGUCACAAGUGCCGGAAGCUUCCUCACCGCCGACUUUAUCGAGGUAGAACGAGACACUUUGGAAUGGGGCAAUAAAAUCAAGGGAAUACUUGAGGACGAAAAUAGCAGCCAAUCAGCUGCAAGCAUCAGUGAUGCUCUUGUACGCUGUCAGUCGCUACUCGGUGGUGAGUCUGUGGUUCGGGAUGGAGCGCCGGAGCUAGAUGGUAUUGGAUUGUCGUUAAUUAAUUUGCAACGCGAGGACGUCGCAAAUGGCCAUUUGCACACCGUAGUGGUACUGAUCGAUCCUUUGAGUUCCGAUGCGCAGAGACUAACACCACAGCUCAUGAUACUUCGGGAAGCUCUGGGAGCAAGCAUCUCUCUGUACCUGAUGCCUACACCAAUGCUAAAGACUAUCCCUCUCAAUCGCUUCUAUCGCUUUGCCGUAGCGGCCGAGCCGUCAUUUUCGGAAAAUGGACGGUAUGUGCGGAUUUGA